AUGUCAGUACGCAAUGUCUUUUGUGCUCUCACUAUUGCACUCUGUUGUCUCUGCAGCUGUGUGGUAGCUGCUCAAGCUGAAGCUCUUGAGACGUUGACUGAGGAACAUGGUACUGAGGUCCUUCCUCUUCCUGUUAAUGAACAUUCUGAAGUUUCUCGUUGUCCAUCUGGUUCAUCCCCUGUGAAAGGUGAUAAUCCUAAAUGUUCAGAGAAUGGUGGAGGUAAAGAUCAUGUUCCACCUCCUCGUCUAGUGGAUAAGGAACCGCCGUCUGAGCCACUAAUCAAAACAAGGGAAGAACAGCCAGAGGAGGGAAGUGUUAGCAGCGGUACGAAAGAUGGACUCACCGAACGAGAAACAGUAGAAGAACGAGUCGAAGAAGUAGAGGGGAGACAUGUCAAAACUCCAGGUGUUGAUAAUGAAAAAUCUGGUUCCCUUACUGUUGCUGAAGAGUGUCGAGGUGCUGCUGUUGAGACUCAUUCCCCAUCACGUACGCCUGCACCAGGUGGUAAAGUGCAAUCCCAGCAUGAAGAAGAAGCGUUGGGAACUGAGGGACAAAAUGUGGAUGUCUCUCCAGCUGAUGGAAGAGGGAAAGGAAGCCAAACUGCUGAAGAGCGAAACGAAGUGAACCUGGAAGAUCCUCCACAAGGAGAGCUGACUGAGAAUGCAAGGAGAACUGAAGCAUCUUCAACUAAUGAAGUGGGCAGUACAGUGACUGAAGAGAAUAACGGGAAUCAACAAGAAGGUGGAAAUGGCGUUCAGUCUACUACAGAGACUUCACCUGCACCUGCAGAGAGUGAUUCAACGAGAGACAAUGUCAACACAACCAGUAAUGAAGAAUCAACCACCACCACCACCACCACAACAACAACACUUCCUCCUCAACCUACAAACAACAAGAAGGGUGAUGCAGACAGCAGCAGCAGUAUCAGCAGUUCUGUGUGGGUGCGUGUACCACUACUGAUUGUGGUUACACUGGCCUGUAUUCUUCUUGUGUGCUGA